CGUGGAACCAAUGUUUACGGAAGCUGCAUCAAGCGAAGUUCGUAGCGGCCAAAGUUAGGCGAUAUUUAGCGUCUUCUCUGCAAUCAGCAUGCUCCCAAUUACGUCUUGAAGUUGUUUUUGUAGUGAUCGUUUUCCAGCUAACAUGCAGGCUGAAUCACCCGUAACUUCUCCGAAAUUUGAUUUGUUAGAUUCGUGUGGUAAAUUCCGUGUGCUGGUUGGUGUCACGGGUAGUGUGGCAGCUCUCAAAGUGCCUCUAUUGGUCUCCCAACUUCUAGAGUUACCCGGGGUGGAUGUGCGUGUUGUCACUACAGAACACGCCAAGCACUUCUACAACCCUGCUGAGGUGGCUGUCAGCGUCUACAGCGACGCAAAUGAGUGGGAGCUGUGGACCCAGCGUUCUGACCCUGUGCUGCACAUAGAGCUGAGACGCUGGGCUGACCUCCUCGUUAUAGCCCCUCUGGACGCUAACACACUGGGGAAGAUCGCCAGCGGCAUCUGUGACAACUUACUG